AUGGGACUACAAGGCCUUCGAGCCGACGCAGUGUGGGCCUCGCCCUGCUGCACCGAGUUCAGCAUCGCACUCAAGAAGCGCCCCCGCAACCUGCCGCUCGGAGAUGCCCUGGUGCUCAAGACCCUGGAGGUCAUAGACUACCUCAAGCCUCGGUGGUGGGCCAUCGAAAACCCGAGCACCGGGCGCCUCAAAACCCGCCCCUACAUGCAAGGGCUGCACAUGGACCGGGUCACGUACUGCAAGUACGGCUUCCGCUACAAGAAGCCCACGGCCAUCUGGCACAACUUGCCCUGGACCCCCUCCCAGGGGCCCUGCCGCAAGGGCGACCGCUGCGAGGCCUUCCAAGGAACUCGGCACCCCGAGGCCGCGCAGCGAGGGCCCACCAAGGGGCGGCAGGGGAGCAACUCGCGGGACCAGCUCUACUCCAUCCCGCCUGCGCUGUGCGACGAGAUCGCCGUGCGUCUCUUCAAGACGCCUGAGUACUCCGUCAAGCAGCCGCCUGACCCCGUGGUUUGCAAGCCCCCCGCCAACGGUAUUUUGUGCGCUCCAUCUGCAAGCGGAAAGACGGUACUCCUUGUGAGCAUGAUUUUGGAGCAAUACCGGGGCUGCUUCGAGCGCAUCUAUAUCUUCUCGCCCUCGGUGGAGGUCGACUCUGCCUGGCAGCCUGUCAAGGAUUACAUCCGAGACGAGCUGGGCGUGAAUACGGACCGGGAGCAGUGCUGGUGGGAGGAUUGGGACGAGGGGGCGCUGCGGAAGAUCAUCGCGGACCAGAAGCGCAUCACCCAGAAGAGCAAGGAGCUGGGCCUCAAAAAACUGUACUCGGUCUUGGUAGUUUUGGAUGAUCAUGCCGAUAAUCCAGCUGUGCACCGCAAGACGGGAGAUGGCGUUUUGGACACUCUGUUCAUCAGGGGCAGACAUUUUUGCAUCAACACCUGGGUCUCGACCCAGAAGCUGCGUCUUAUGAGCUCCGCCGUGCGGGUCAACGUGAUGUUCUACUGCGUCUUCCGGUUGCGAAACCAACUGGAGCUGGAUGCCUUGGUGGAGGAGCUGAGCGCCAUGCUCCCGAAAGAAACCCUCUACGCCAUGUACGAGGAGGCCACCAGGGAGCCCUACAGCUUCUGGUUCGUUAACCUCCGCGCGCCCAAGGAAGACAUGUUUUGGGUGCGCUUCGACCGGAAGUUCUUGCUAAAUGGGGACGCUCCUGAGCCAGAUGGCGGCCAAGUUGUUGGGGGGAGGCCCCGGCAAACCUCCGAUGGCUCCAACGCCAGCGAGUUCUCGGCGCGGCCCACCCGGUUUUUCAGGCGCCGUUCUAAAAAGGGCAUGACGAGUAUCUACGUGGACUCGCGCCUCCGCGCGGAGGGCACGGACAGCAGCUUCUCCUUCGACAUCGGUGAGAGUGUGCACAUUCAAUCCGGCGCCAAACUUGCGGUGUACAAGGUCCGCGUUGCUGACGCCUUUUUGAGCACGGACCGCGGGACGUUCUUGUACUGGGAGGACACGGUCGCCGGCACCCUGCAUUACGCGGAGCUCCCGGUGGGGGCGUACACAGGGCCGCGAUUGGCUGCGUGGAUCAGCAGCAACUUCGCUUCCGCCAGCUACACCGCCGAGACAAAUGAGCUCGACGUGACCUACGACGGCGUGCGCCUCAUCCUCAACGAUGCCGAGCUCCGGCAACGCUUCCCAGGCACGGCCCCCUACCCGCCGGGCGCCUCGCCCAGCAAGCCCCUGUCCAUCAACCACCUCCUCGGCCCCAGCUACCUCACAGGCUCUGUGCAGCGCUUCGUCUUUGUGACGAUGAAUCCGUUCUCAGAACUGUACCUCAGGUGCCCAACACUGGCCAACGGGGAGACGACGGUGGGCCCGUUGGGGCACGACAUCCUCUGCAAGAUCGUCGUUUCGAAAGGUGUGGGCCACGUCAUGGAGACCGAGACGUCAGAUGAACCCGCUCCUGUGGCCACCGAGCCCGCCGUGGCCGAGCCUCCCGCGCAGCCGGUGGUGGCCGAGCCUCCCGAGCCUGCCGAGCCUGCCGCGGUGGCCGAGCCGCCGACCGAGGUUCCUCAGGAAGCGCCCCAACCCAAACGGCGAGGGCGACCGCCAGGUUCGAAGAACAAGCCAAAGCCGCCCCCGACUGUGGCCGUGGCGGAGCUUCCGAAGCAUGCUGAGUCGCCGACACCGGAGCCGCAGCAAGAGCCCCACCAGGAGCGAGCACAAGAGCCCCCGCCUGAGCCCCAGCAACCCGUGCGUAUGACGCCCUCGGAGGCUCGCCGCGCCCGGCAGCUCUCGCGAGCCGACCGCUUCCAUGCCGCGAUGCUGCGGGCGUUUCACAAGCAGUAUCCCAGCUACAACUUGACGCCGCUGCUCUACAAGCGGCAGCAGCAAUUGAUCGAUGCUCGGGCCUUCAACGAGUGGCUGGCCAACCGGCGGCAGCGCCAGGAAGGCGAGGCCUAUACGGAUGAAGUGGGGCGUGCAGUCGACGCCGUUAACAGGAGGAUCCCCCAGUUGAGGUGGGCCCCCGCCGAGCGGGCGGGCGUGCGUCGCGUGGCCCGCGAUGUGGCUGCCGGGCGCAACACUAGCGUCCUGGGCUACAUCGCUGAGGGCGAGCCCUUGCCCAUCGACCUCCCAAACCGCAAUGCCAGCAUCCUGACUUCCAGCCACUUCUGGCUGGACGACUAUCCCCAGAGCUCCGAGCCCGAGCCAGCCCCGCUGCCCCACACGACCGUGAACCCUGCAGCAGCCUACGAGGAUGCCAACGAGGGCUACGAUGGAGUGCCCUUCCCCCGCCGGGAUUUUUUGCGCCCACGGCCCUUUGACAUGGACAGCGAACCGGAUUUUGGGGCCGUGGACCCCGGGCAGGCUCUAAGAAACGACGGGUUUCAGCCCCCAGCACCGCCAAGCUUCCUCAGCCGGAUGCAGCAGGCUGAAGCCGCUGCGGGGCGGGAGCUGCAGCUGGACUGGGGAAGGAACUGGAUCGACCGGAACCUACGCAUUCCGCGCACGCCCGAGGGCCUCGCGCCCCCGCCCGACGAAGUAGCUCCACCCCAAAUCAUCGGCCGGCCAAGUGAAGUGGAGCCGCUUCUGGAGCGGGCGGGACAGCGAGCCCAGGAGGUGGAGAGGGCGGCAGCCCGAGACAUCGAGCAGUUCAUGAGCGAGCAGGUGGCCGAGGCGGAGGCGACCGAGGGCUUCGCUUCCACAGCAGAAAUGGCUGCGGGGGCUGCAGAAGCGGCAGGUGCUGCAGAGGCCGCAGCGGGUCCGGGCGCGCUUGCGCUGUUUGGCGAGGCAGCAUUGGGCACCGCUGCGGGCAUGGGAGCAGCGGCGGGGGGCUUGGCUGUGGCAGGCGGGGCGGCCGCACUCGUGGGAACCGCAUGGGCACUGCACGGCGGCAUGGUGGCGGCAGAGCACCUUUUGGGCUGGGGUGGAGGCGGAGGAACCGACACGGACGCCUCCCGACCCAGCUCGGCCCCCGACAUCCAGACCUUGAAUGGGAUGCAGGAGUUUGGGGCGGAGCAGCACUUCCAGCUCCGGGAGCCACAGGCCUCACGGCAACGCCCGCAGUUUUACCGCAUGGACACCGACAGCGAAUCGGAGCCGCGGGCCCAGCCGCCCCCGCGAGUGCAGGCUCGCCCCGCGAGGCCCACGCGCUUCCCCACGGGCUUGAACCCCGCUCCCUUGGCGCAGUCCUCGGGCAGCGAGUCCUCCCGCGGGCCUCGCAUGCAGAGGCCGUCCCGCGCCGCACCGCCCCCAUCGUUCGAGGUAACUGCUGCCGUAAAUGAUGAGCUGGUCCAGUCUUUGUCGUUUCGGUUGGAGACCUCCAACGUUAACUAUGUGCAGAGCCGCAAAGACGUCCAGUACUACCCGAGCUCCCUGAGCGUCUUCACGCCGACCACGAGCCGCGUGUGCCGCAUCCCGCUGACCAGCGGCAUGGACUUCGUGGACGGCGAGAGCGUCAAGCUCGGCUUCACGGUGCGCAACACCUCCACCACGGCGACGCUGCAGCUCGCCUCGCCGGACCCGAGCUGUCUCAUCGACCGCAUCGAGGUCUUCGCGAACGGCACUCGCAUCGAGGAGUACACCAUCGAGAACGUGAAGCUCUACGCCUCCCAGGCCUACGACCAGAGCCAGACGUACACGCAGGCCGAGGUGAACGCGCAGAUAUCGCUACGAGUGGACACGGAGCUCUACAUCGACGACGCCACGGGCACGGCCACGGGGCUGGUGACCAACGCCAUCUCCACGCGGGUCCAGGAGACGGGGCCCGUGGGCCAGGCGCUGUGCGGCAAGCUCGUGGAUGAGGACCGCGUUUUAAGACCAGUUCCCGCCAAAUCAGAGAGGCGGAAGCCGCCGCGGGAGCUGCAGCGGGAUUGGCGGGCUCUGCCUCUGCCAUUGCGGGGCACGGACAAGACCUAUACAACGCAGCGCGCAGGGGAAGGAACUGGAUCGACCGGAACCUACGCAUUCCGCGCACACCCGAAGGUCUUGAGGUGGAAAGAGCUGCAGCCCAGAGACAUCGAGCAGUUCAUGAGCGAGCAGGUGGCCGAGGCCGAGGCGACCGAAGGCUUCGCUUCCACCGCAGAAGUGGCUGCGGGGGCCGCAGAAGCGGCAGCUGCAGCGGAGGGGCCAGGAGCGUUGGCGCUGUUUGGAGAGGCUGCAUUGGGCACGGCUGCGGGCAUGGGAGCAGCAGCAGGAGGCCUCGCAGUGGCGGGCGGGGCUGCGGCGCUGGUGGGAACUGCGUGGGCGCUCCACGGAGGGAUGGUGGCGGCGGAGCACCUGAUGGACUGGCUCUCUCUUGUAUCUGUGUUUCAAAACUGGCCUCUGUUGUGGCGUAGUCUCUGGCUGUUUGGUUGUGGGGGCAAGUCCUUCCUCUCUGAUUUGGCGGGAACUCGUCUUAAAACGCGGUCCUGGGGGCUUAUGGCUGGCUUUUAG